AUGUCCGGUUUGCUUAUCUGCAAAAGGUUCAGGCCACCAAAUCUCGGAUCCCUUAAGUUAUUUUUGCAUCUCAUUGGAAAAGUUCAGAACCGCACUUCUGUUUGUUUGCUUGGGAUCGAUUCGACCAACUACUUCGGUUGUUUAAAGAACCACACUUCUGCAUUUGCGGUCACGACUCGCCACUACGCCUCUCAGAGCACCCAUGAGCAGAAACGAGAUGAAAACGCCUAUGGAAACCGUUCCGUCUUUUAUCCUGUGAUCGGCGUCGCUGCCUUAUUGGUCACAGCUUUUGGUCUACGGUGGUACGUGGGUCGAGCUCCAGCUGAUGUGACAAAGUCACUACCAAGUGAAGUAGGCGAAAAUACCACCGACAGGAAGUCGUCUGUCUCACAUUCUAAAUUGGAAAACCGGAGUAAAACAACGGGUCUUCCGGAUGAAUUAUCCGCCUCCUUUGGACUACCAGUCUCUACUGUCUCACCAACUUCCGUCUCUGUUCCUCAAGAAGAAACCGAUGCUUUAUCAAACGACCAAGCGGAAUCGCCUGUCCACCAAAAAGUUUCUGCCCAUCGAAUACCUUUGGAAGAGGAAGAUUCUGAACUGCCGUCUUUGGUGUAUAAAGAUGAAUCGAAGGUCGGUUUUCCAUCUCACGUUAAAUAUCUAAUCGUUGGAACCGGAACAGCUGGCCUGGCUGCCGCUCGCAGCAUCAGAGCGUCGGACCCAAAGUCGCAAGUCUUGAUGGUGUCUGGAGGCUCGGACCACUUAUACGCUGGCGAACCCGGGAUAGCGGAAACAAAUUUUGUUGAGCCCCCUCCGUACCUUCGCCCUCCUCUGAGCAAGGAACUUUGGCGACGAGACAGGACUCGCGAAGCCAACCUACUUCAGACCGAUGGAGAUAUCCGUCGACACUCUUGGCUAUAUUACGAGGCAGAAAGCUUCUAUCUCAAACCAGAAGACCUUCUUUCAGUGGAGUACGGUGGUGUGGCACUUCUUCGUGGUGAUCCAGUGGCUAAGCUCGAUCCCGACACACACAUCGCGACUCUGGUGUCUGGGCGCACUAUCACAUACGACCGAUGUUUACUGGCUACUGGAGGCCGACCAAAGAGACUGAAGCAACUGGAAACGUGUGAGGCAACUGGUAAAAAUUUGGUGGCUUCCGGAUUGGUAUCCUAUUUCCGCAGCCUGGGUGACUACAAGCGGUUACGCGACCUGACUGAUAAACUUCGGAAGACCGAAGGCAAAAUUGCUGUCAUUGGUGGCGGCUUCUUGGGAAGCGAACUAACAGUCAGUCUUUUAACCCGUCCAAAGCGAUCCAAGGAGUCAGAAAAUCAAGAGAGAUCUCCUGAACGCGCGGAGUCUAGCGACCGAAGUAUAUCAGUACUCCAUGUGUUUCGUGAAUCUCUCCCGAUGGGACAUACUCUCCCCCCAUGUCUUUCUUCUGCAACGGCUCGCUUCGAGACGACAUGUGGUGCUGAGCUUUGGCCAUCCUCUGAGGUCGUCUGCGCUUCCGUUGUUUCCGCGAAUGAAAUGGACGAGAAAACUGUAAGCAAGACACCACCUACUAGUUUGCAACUCGCGACUGUCAACGAUGUGUCACCUGAAAAAGUACGUCUACGCAUCCGUCAGAGUGGGUUCGCUGGGGAUCGUGUUGAGGAGGUCGAUGUGGAUCACGUCGUGUUGGCGCUCGGAAUCGAACCGAACACAGAUCUUUCGGACCAUGCCGGAUUGGAGGUGGAUCACAGAAACGGCGGAUUUCUCGUCAAUGCAGAAAUGGAAGCCCGUGCUGGAAUCUAUGCGGCCGGUGAUGCUGCCUCCUACUGGGACCCGGUUUUGGGCUACCGACGACGCGUGGAGCACUUGAACUUUGCGGAAGAAACAGGAGCACUAGCCGGAAGGAAUAUGGUAGCAUCCCUCUCUCCUACAAACGAUGGCGCGAAUCACGGGGCUAGUUCUCGUGUGCCUGCUCGAUACCAGUAUCAAUCCUCAUUCUGGUCUAGCUUGGGUUCCGAGGUCAGCUGGGAUGCCGUGGGUUAUGUUGACUCACAACGGCUGCUUACUCGAUCCUUUUUCUUGUCAAACGAAGAGGGGGCGCACGAUACGAAGACUUCAAAUGGUUCUUCACGCCUAAGCGAUUCUAUCCCAGAUUCCGAAUUCGGACGUCUUGGUCGGGGAGUAGUGUUUUACCUGACACCUUCUGAGAAAAGGCUUGUUGGUAUCCUUCUCUGGAACUUGCCAGAAGAAAUCUACUCUGACAAAGAGUAUACAGCACCUAGCCGAUUGAAUAUUGCUCGGAAUAUGUUGGCCGGAAGACAUCUCAUCGGCAAAAGCCCCGUUGAUCCUCUUGGUGGGGUCCUGGAGUCCGAAGAAGAACAACUUCGACGCUUAGCCUCCUACUUUGACUUACCUGGUACACUUGAAGCGGACUACAAGGAAAUCAAAUCUUAUGCCGAGGCAAAGCGACAAGAACUGCUGAAGAGUAGUCCUACCACUCCUGGCGAGCAGGAAACCAUCACCCCUCCCAUCGAUUGAUGAUGCAUUGUACCUGUUUUUGCCUUUUGUAGCUAGGUUACCACUUUCAAUCAUUUCUACUCAUCAACAUCUUCCCUUCCUAUAAAUUUUGUACAGUGUGCGACCACGCGAAUCAUAGGAUUUAUGGAU